GGCCGAAGGGGGCGACCUGUGUGAAACGUUGAAGCUCAAAAGCGGAAGUGAAAUUGCACUUCCGGGUCAACACUAACAAACAACAUGGCGGCCUCGACUGAAAUUAAACGCUUAGAAUAUUUAUCUUUGGUGUCUAAAGUGUGCACGGAAUUAGAAAACCAUCUCGAAAUAAGCGAGAAGGAUCUUGCUGAAUUUAUCAUCAGCCUGGCGGAGAAACAUCCAACAUUUGACAAGUUUAAAGCGGCCCUCGCAGAAAAUGGAGCAGAUUUUACAGAAACGCUCAUCGCUAACCUAUUUCGACUUAUUCAAACGAUGCGAGCGUCAACCAGCCAAGAACAAAAGGAUGUGAAAACCAUGAGUGAGAAAGAAAAACUACAAGAUAAAUAUCCUGCUCUGUGUCAACCUGAUGAUCCUAUGUGGACGAAUCGCCCCUUCAGUAAAAGUGACGAGCAAGUUGCUGCAGCGGCCAUGCAGGAGCUGGAGAUGCUCAUGCCUCAAAGUGUACACGCCGGUGGAGGAGGACAAGGCAACACAGAGAGCGCUCAUAAGCGUGAUCAUUCCGACUCGAGAGAGUGUGAAGGAGAACCGAGCUUCAAGCGGCGACGGAAAAGAGCGUCCCGUUGGAGCGACCGACCUCCAAGCCCGGCCGGACACGACGCCCUGGAGAAUGUCGCGCAGCCUCCUCUGUCCGACACUCCCGUGGCGGGCGGCGUGUACAGCGGCAAAGUGAACAGCGUCAUGCAGUUUGGAUGUUUCGUGCAGCUGGAAGGCCUCAGGAAGCGCUGGGAAGGCCUGGUGCACGUGUCAGAGCUUCGGCGGGAAGGACGUAUCGCGGAGGUGUCCGCCGUGGUCAGCAGAGGCCAAAAGGUCAAGGUCAAAGUGCUGUCCUUGAGAGGAACAAAGGCCAGUCUCAGCAUGAAGGAUGUGGACCAGGACACCGGAGAGGACCUCAACCCCAACCGGAGGAGGACGUUUGAUGUCGACGCUGAUGCCGACCACGACGCCAUGAGGAACCCGGACUUCCCCGUGGAAGCCAUAGUGCUGGAAACGGAAGAAAACACCAGCGAGCGCAAACGGAUGGCCAAGAUAACGGACCUGGAGAAGUGGGAAAUAAAGCAGAUGAUCGCCGCCAACGUGCUCGCCAAGGAGGAGUUCCCCGAGUUUGACGAGGAAACGGGAAUCCUUCCGGUCAUCGACGACGAAGAAGACGAGGACGUGGAAAUCGACCUGGUGGAAGACGAGCCUCCCUUCUUGCACGGACAGACCAAGUGGAGCACCAGCAUGAGUCCUGUCAAGAUCGUGAAGAACCCCGACGGCUCGCUGUCCCAGGCGGCCAUGAUGCAGAGCGCUCUGGCCAAAGAGAGACGGGAGCUCAAGCAGUCGGCUCGUGCGGCAGAGAUGGAUGCCAUCCCCACCGGCCUCCACAAGAACUGGAUCGACCCCAUGCCGGACUAUGAUGGCCGCCAGAUCGCCGCCAACAUGCGAGGCAUCGGCGCUCUGCCCAUCAACGUUCCGGAAUGGAAGAAGUACGCCUUUGGAGGCAAUCAAGUGUCCUACGGCAUGAAGACUGAGUUGUCCAUCCUGCAACAGAGACAAAAUCUGCCCAUCUUCAAGCUCCGGGAGGAGCUGGUUCAGGCCGUCCACGACAAUCAGAUCCUGAUUGUGGUGGGAGAGACGGGCUCCGGGAAGACCACGCAGAUCACGCAGUACCUGGCGGAGGCGGGAUACUGCGCCCGGGGAAAGAUCGGCUGCACGCAGCCUCGCCGCGUGGCAGCCAUGUCUGUGGCCAAGAGGGUGUCGGAGGAGUACGGCUGUCGCCUGGGCCAGGAGGUGGGCUACACCAUCAGGUUUGAGGACUGCACCAGCAUGGAGACGGUCAUCAAGUACAUGACGCACGGAAUGCUGCAGAGAGAAUGUCUGAUUGACGCCGACAUGAGCCAGUAUUCCAUCAUCAUGCUGGACGAGGCUCACGAGAGGACCAUCCACACCGACGUCCUCUUUGGUCUGCUCAAGAAGACGGUCCAGAAACGCAAGGACAUGAAGCUGAUCGUGUCUUCGGCCACGCUGGAUGCCGUCAAGUUCUCCCAGUACUUCUUUGAGGCGCCCAUCUUCACCAUCCCAGGCAGAACGUUCCCAGUGGAGGUCCUCUACGCCAGAGAACCUGAGACGGACUACCUGGAUGCCAGCCUCAUCACCGUCAUGCAGAUCCACCUGACAGAACCUCCAGGUGACGUCCUGGUCUUUCUGACCGGACAGGAAGAGAUCGACACCGCCUGCGAGAUCCUCUACGAGCGCAUGAAGUCGCUCGGACCCGACGUCCCUGAACUCAUCAUUCUGCCCGUUUACUCGGCACUGCCCAGCGAGAUGCAGACCAGGAUCUUUGACCCCGCACCGCUCGGCAGCAGGAAGGUCGUCAUAGCAACAAACAUUGCAGAGACGUCGCUCACCAUCGACGGCAUCUACUACGUGGUGGACCCGGGCUUUGUCAAACAGAUCGUUUACAACUCCAAGACGGGCAUCGACCAGCUGGUGGUGACGCCCAUCUCACAGGCUCAAGCCAAGCAGAGGGCGGGCCGAGCCGGCAGAACAGGUCCAGGGAAGUGUUACCGCCUCUACACGGAGAGGGCCUACAGGGAUGAAAUGUUGACCACCAACGUGCCUGAGAUCCAGAGGACCAACCUGGCCAGCACGGUGCUCUCCCUGAAGGCCAUGGGCAUCAACGACCUUCUCUCCUUCGACUUCAUGGACGCCCCUCCCAUGGAGACGCUGAUCACAGCCAUGGAGCAGCUCUACACUCUGGGAGCUCUGGAUGACGAGGGUCUGCUCACACGACUGGGCAGGAGGAUGGCAGAGUUUCCUCUGGAGCCCAUGUUGUGUAAGAUGUUGAUCAUGUCCGUACAUCUGGGCUGCAGUGAAGAGAUGCUCACCAUCGUCUCCAUGUUGUCCGUGCAGAACGUCUUCUACAGGCCAAAGGACAAGCAGGUCCAAGCGGACCAAAGGAAAGCCAAGUUCUUCCAGCCCGAAGGCGACCAUCUCACCCUGCUGGCCGCCUACAACUCGUGGAAGAACAACAAGUUCUCCAACCCCUGGUGCUACGAGAACUUCAUCCAGGCCCGCUCGCUGAGGAGAGCGCAGGACAUCCGCAAGCAGAUGAUGAGCAUCAUGGACAGGCACAAGUUGGACCUGAUAUCGUGCGGCAAGUCCACCAUGCGUGUCCAGAAGGCCAUUUGUAGCGGUUUCUUCAGGAACGCCGCCAGAAAGCACCCCCAAGAUGGCUACCGUAGCCUCAUUGACCAGCAGGUGGUGUACCUGCACCCUUCCAGCACGCUCUUCAACCGCCAGCCCGAAUGGCUGGUGUACCACGAGCUGGUGCUGACCACCAAGGAGUACAUGCGCGAGGUGACCACCAUCGACCCGCGCUGGCUGGUGGAGUUUGCUCCCGCCUUCUACCGCGUGGCAGACCCCACACGCCUCAGUCGGCAGAAGCGGCUGCAGAAGUUGGAGCCGCUCUACAACCGUUAUGAAGAACCCAACGCUUGGAGGAUCUCACGCGCCUUCAGACGCCGCUGAUGUACACACGGGUCACAUGACCAGGACGUACCUCUUCGGGCUCGAUGAGUUUGAACUCCAUGCCUCGGCCCGUCCAGGCGAUGAAAUGUGCGUUGGCGGGGUCGUCCAGCAGCGCCACCAGGAACUGCCACAGCUGCAGCGAGCCUCGCCGCUGAUAAGGUGCGCCCCCGCCGAACACGCCCCCGCCUUCCUGCUUCACCUCGCCUACACAGGAACAACAAACAUUAUCAACACCAUCGCGACUUGCACAACUGUGACAAAAUAUCAGUCUUAUGUUUGCGUCAAACUUAUGUCGAAGACAUACUUUAUCUAGCUCGAUAUCAAUCUAUAUCUAUCUAUAGACAGCUCAUCUAUAGAUAUAUAUUAAUAUAUAUCUAUAUAUUGAUCGUUUAUAGAAAUAUCUACAUAUAAAUGUCCACAUGUAGAUUUACAAGUGUAUACAUUUAUAUAAAGUUUUAUAUCUACAUAUCUGUAGAUGAGAUGUAUUGCUAUAGACAUAUGUCUAGUCAUAAAUAUCAAGUAUAACUAAUUAUAAAUACUAAUAUGUAUCUACAAGCAUAUGUAUAGAUAUCAAUAUAUAGAUUUACAUCUAUACAUAGAUAUUUAUACAUAUACUCAGAUCUAAAUAUCUAUACAUAUAUUUAGAGAU